UCAGUGCUACAGGGCACAGAAGGCGCAGACUUCCCACCCUUCACACAGCAACCUGCUGAAAGAUCCUGUGUGUACAAGUGACUGAGCACGGCCUGUGCAUUCUCCUACGAGGAUAAGGAAAGGGCAAUGGUUUUCUCUAGAUUCACAGGCUUGUAAAAUAAUUAUGCAGCCACCCGGAGAGAAAUUGCAUCACUAAACUUCCUGUUUUUUUCUUGAGAAAUUGUUGUAUUUAUAUUUCUGCAGUCUUAUUUCUGCAGACACGCGCUCUUCAUGCCGUCUGAAGUACUUGCCAAGGUAGCACAGCCGACCGAAUCUGGCUCUACCACUACCAGUGCUGCUAAUGAUGCAGGCCCAGGUGGCGGAACGGGCAACUUUUCUGCCAUCAUCAGCAGAAAUUUGCCCAUUAUAAAAGGAAGAGAUAAGACGUUUGAAGAAUUACGGAAUAAAUGUUUGGACAGAAAGGUCCUCUUUCAAGAUCGGGAAUUCCCAGCUGACGAGAGCUCUUUGUUUUACAGCCAGACUUUUCCAGUUAAAUUUGAAUGGAAGCGACCUCCGGAAAUAUGCGAAAAUCCUCAGUUUAUAAUUGGUGGGGCAAACAGAACAGAUAUUUGUCAAGGAGAUUUAGGUGACUGCUGGUUUUUGGCUGCCAUCGCUUGUCUAACCCUUAAUGAAAAGUUACUUUUCCGUGUCAUACCUCCAGAACAAAACUUCACUGAAAACUAUGCUGGGAUAUUUCAUUUUCAGUUUUGGCGCUAUGGAGACUGGAUUGAUGUGAUAAUUGAUGACUGCCUGCCAACAUUUAACAAUCAGUUAGUAUUUACCAAGUCUUCUCAGAGGAAUGAGUUCUGGAGUGCACUGCUGGAAAAAGCUUAUGCAAAGUUACAUGGAUCUUAUGAGGCACUUAAAGGUGGUAACACUACAGAAGCAAUGGAGGACUUCACGGGUGGAGUUACUGAAUUUUACGAAAUUAAGGAUGCACCAAAAGACUUGUUCAAAAUCAUGAAAAAAGCUUUUGAAAGGGGCUCACUCAUUGGAUGCUCAAUCGAUGAAGCUAAUGGGUUGUCCUAUGGUAUCUCACCUCCUGAUAUGGGGCAAGCAUUAAUACGAAUGAUACAAAGUGAGGGUGACAAGCAGCCUGGUUUAGAAGGAAAAGGCUUGGAACCAAAACCAUAUGUGGCUAUUGUACCUUCACAGUUUGAGACCCGUAUGGCUAGUGGACUCGUUAAAGGUCAUGCUUAUUCCGUAACAGGAGUGGAAGAGACAACAUUUAAAGCAGAUAAGGUAAAACUUGUUCGUCUAAGAAACCCGUGGGGACAAGUGGAAUGGAACGGAUCCUGGAGUGAUAACUCAAAGGAAUGGAAUAUAAUUGAUAAAUCUGAGAAAUCUCGUCUACAACAUCAGAUAAAAGAAGAUGGCGAAUUCUGGAUGUCAUUUGAUGAUUUUAUGAAGAAUUUCACAAAGCUCGAGAUUUGUAACUUAACAGCAGACGCUCUGGAAUCAGACCAGUUACAAACAUGGACAGUAUCUGUUAAUGAGGGACGAUGGGUCCGAGGCUGCUCGGCUGGUGGAUGUCGAAAUUUUCCAGACACCUACUGGACUAACCCUCAGUACCGUCUAAAGCUCUUGGAGGAAGAUGAUGACCCUGAAGACAAUGAAGUUGUGUGCAGUUUCCUUGUUGCCUUAAUGCAGAAAAACCGCAGAAAAGAUCGAAAAAUGGGAGCAAAUCUGUUCACAAUUGGCUUUGCUAUUUAUGAGGUCCCAAAAGAGAUGCAUGGGAAUAAGCAACAUCUACAAAAGGACUUCUUUUUGUACAAUGCUUCCAAAGAUCGGUGUAAGUCUUAUAUCAACAUGAGAGAAGUUUCACAGCGUUUUCGGCUACCUCCCAGUGAAUACGUCAUCAUCCCCUCCACCUAUGAGCCGCACCAGGAAGGAGAAUUUAUUCUGAGAGUAUUUUCAGAGAAGAGAAAUAUUUCAGAAGAAGUUGAAAACAAGAUUGAAGCUGACCGACCAAGUAAAAAGAAAAAACCCAAGCCAAUCAUCUUUGUAUCCGACAGAUCAAACAGCAAUAAGGAGUUGAGUGUGGAUGAAGUGGCUGACGAAGAGAAGAAAAAAAGGGCAGCCGAUCAAAAAGAUAAGAACUCUGGAAACACUGACAAAGAAUCAGAAGAGGAAAAGCAAUUCAGGAACAUCUUUCAACAGAUUGCAGGGGAUGACAUGGAAAUCAGUGCUGAUGAACUUCAGAAUGUUCUAAAUAGAGUUGUAACUAAACAUAAAAACCUAAAGAUUGAAGGUUUCACCCUGGAGUCUUGCCGCAGUAUGAUUGCUCUUAUGGAUACAGAUGGAUGUGGCCGGUUGAAUCUGCAGGAGUUUCAGCACCUGUGGAAAAAGAUCAAGGAGUGGCAGAAAAUAUUCAUCAAAUAUGAUGCAGACCAGUCGGGAACCAUCAGCAGUUAUGAGAUGCGAAAUGCUGUCGAUGAAGCAGGGUUCCAUCUGAAUAACCAGUUGUAUGACAUCAUCACAAUGCGUUAUGCAAACAAGCAUAUGAACAUUGACUUUGAUAGCUUCAUCUGUUGCUUUGUGCGUCUGGAAGGAAUGUUUAGAGCAUUCAAUGCCUUUGACAAAGAUGGAGAUGGGAUUAUCAAACUCAAUGUGUUAGAGUGGCUGCAGCUUACCAUGUAUGCCUAAAGUUAUCACAAACUACAUCGACCUCAGCUCCUGUCCCUCGUUCACGCUCAUACAAGGAACGACUCAGGAUCUCUGUUGGACAGAGCAAACCUUUACCUCAUAAAUCUUAAAUAUACGUUUACUGAAAUCCACAGAAGAGUUUAAAAAUCAGGACCGACACGACUGACUUGUACAAGCAACCCUGCAGCCGUUAUUAACUAUUGUUAUGGUUUCCUUCCCUAUUUAUAGCACCAACAUCAAUCUUUUCUUUAAGCAAAUUGUAUUCCUAAAAUGGAAAAUCCCUUUAAAAGUAGACAAAUUAUAUCAUGUACACAGCAAAAGUUGCAAGAGGGCUGAUGCAUCACAGUGAAAUCAUUUGAACAUACUGUAGAACCUAAGAAAUAAAUAACUCAUAAACCUAUA